AUGACUCCCGCCACAUUCUCCUCCUUGGUCGAGGCCCGUUACCAGAAUCACACCGCAAACGCCCAAGAUGGCCCCCACACGCCAACCAUCGAGUUACUGUUGCGUCACCAAUCAGUCCGCAAGUUUCUUUCUGAUGCCCUUCCUCCAAAUGCACUAGAAAUGUUUGUCGCAGCUGGUCAGAGUGCAUCAACCUCUUCUAUGCUGCAGAAUUGGAGUCUUAUUGCCAUCCAAGACCUAGCACACAAAGAUGCGGUUGCUACGCUCUGCGGUGAUCAGGACUUCAUCCGCCAAGCGCCUCUUUUUCUCAUUUUCUGCACCGAUCUACAUCGCAUGAGCCACCUUUGCGAGAAAUACAACCAGACAGGCGAGGCACUUGAUAAACUGGAUCUGUUCAUGCAAGGCACGCUGGAUGCCGCUAUCGCGGCUCAAAACAUCACCAUCGCGGCUGAAUCUCUCGGGCUUGGCGUAUGUUACGUAGGAGCGGCACGAAACAAUGCGGCCCAACUGGCACAGCUUUUGCGCAUCCCUGAGCGCUGUGCUCCCGUUUUUGGGCUUGCCGUCGGAAAGCCUGACCCUGUUUCAAACCCUCCUGCUAUUAAGCCACGUUUACCUAUCGGAGAGGUUCUCCAUCGUGAGCGUUGGAACGAUGAUAGGCAAGACGAGCUUAUUGCUUCUUACGACGACGCACUGGGUGCUUUUUACUUUGGUCAGGAGAAACUUGGACGGAAGACUUGGAGCGAUCAUACGAGCCGCCAUGUGUCUACUACUAACCUUGAUGGACGCGAGGUUUAUAGAACAACUUUGGGUAACCGAGGAUUCAAGCUUGAUUAG